UGUAUAUGGAGUCGAAUAGGCCAAGAAAGAAUUGCUUGGUUGAGGACUCAUACAGCAUUGGUUGAUCAUUAUAUUGUGAAUAGCAUCAGGUUCCAAGCCCAGAUCUCUACCCUUGUUAUAUUGUUAGUUGUAUUAUAUCUAAGUAUUCUAGAGUCUCGGAAUAACUCGGUAAGAAAUCAGGGAGAGUGUUGUCACCGUUUUCUCACUUUCUCACCAAAGCACAAUGACCAUGGAGCUCAUAUAGAAGGUCCUCGAAUGAGUGUAAACUCAAAAUAUCUGCCAGUUGCCUUUCAACGCGAUAUGUUCGUUGCAGUCUUCAUAGGCCUUCUUUGGAUGGCACAUUAUAGCACACGAGAUAGAAGCUGCAAAUGGCAUGUGUCUAGCAUGGCAUCCAUGUUAGGUAUAUUAACCGUUAAGGCGUAUUGGCUGUUAGUGAAGGUAUGUUGGUUGCGGAAGCUGUUCUAGUAUUUCACCC